AUGCAAACACAUCAAGUCGAUGAGUCAUCUUAUACCGGCGACGGCAGAGACAGCAGCGACGUUCACAACGAUCCACCGUCGCGCUCACCCAUAUGUCAGUUGAUGACAACGACAUUGCAAAAUGAUACAGGUGACAUUACGGAUCAACUGACGUUAGAAAAGUCAAUGUCAAGGAGUCCUAAUAAUAUUAAUAACAACAGUGCUGUACAGAGUUCCGAGUUGGAUUUAAUGAUGCGGCCGGAGAAAUUAAUAUCUGAAAUAGUGAAGGAGAUACAGGAUCCAAAGCAUUGCAAUAAAGAUACUGGUAAUGAAGAAUGGAAAGUUGUUCAGAAAAAACGGUACAGAAACCGGUUUAUA